AUGAUUUUUAAAAGAUUUUUUCAUAAAUACCCAGGAGGUAGUAAAAUAAAAUGCUAUAUUGAAAAAAAGAAGAAAAAAAUAAUAAAUGCAAGCUUAUUCCAUCAGCCUUUAUAUUCAAAAAAUUCAAAAUGCUUCAUUGAUUGGAGAUACUGCACACCUAAAUCUGGGUACGAAUACAUGUAUAUAUACGGGGAAAAUACUAUCGAGAUAACAAACUUACCAAAUAACAAAACUAAUGAAUACAUUCAAGAAAGACUACGAAAAAGCUUAAAUAAAUAUGGUAGACUAAAAAUUUUGAGGUGCUUAAGUCAUAGAAAUGAUCCAUAUAUAAACAACAAUAUAUGCUAUGCUACGUUUUAUAAUAAAAAAGAUAUGUAUAAAUGUAUUCGUAAUGUAAAUAUAAGAUUCCCUUUAUCGCUACAAAAUAAAAUUUUAAAAUUCAAAAGUUUAUAUAAUAAUAAAUGUAAUGAUUAUCAUUAUUUUUAUAAGCAAGAACAUUAUAAUUAUAGCGCUAUAAAUGUUGCCUUGAAUUUAUUUAAGUAUUUACAACAUAAUAAUUGUUUUAUUAAUAUUAAAGAUAUAUAUAAACAUGUUUUUGAAUAUUCUUAUUAUCAUCAUAAAAUUGUAUCUUCGGGAAUAUCAAUUUAUAAAGUAUUUAACAAAUGGGAAAAAUUUAUUGAUUUUUUUGGCAACCUUUUUAUUAAAACCAAAAAAGAUAAUCAAAUAAUUAUUACUCCUAGACUUAUAGAUGACAACAAUUUAUGUAUUUACCUAAAUAAUAAAUUAAUUGAAUUAAAAAGAAAAACGAAUGCGCUUAACUCGGUGUACUGGAGACAAGAUUCUGUUCAACUGCCAGAGGAAAUUGAAGCAAAAUUGAACACGGAUCAUCCAAAAAAAUUGAAAGAGGAAAUGCAACUUUUAUCCAAAACAAAAGAUUUUUACAAAAUACAUGAUGAAAGACACUUAUUUAAAUUAAAAUUGAACAAAGAGCGAAAGGAAAAGAAAAGAUUAAUGAAGAACAAAAAUUCUAAAUGA